CUUAUCGCUUGAAGCUUGUGAGGAAUCCCAUCUCAUCAGAUUCAGAGAGAAUUCGGGCCACUAAAAUAGCUUGAGGCCUUCGACACCUCGCUUAUCCUCCACAGCCACCAUCUCAGCUUCGCUCUUGCCUACGCUUCUCCUCUCUAAUGGCACUGUCAAGCCCACACAUCCAAAAAUUAGUCUUAACCAAACUCCAUGGCUGUUCCACCUCCAAUAUUAGUAUUCGCAGAAACAGCGUCGCCAAUACGAGCAGAGGCCGCUGUUGCUCCGCCAUAGCCAUUGAUGCUCCGUCGUCUUUGUCUGACGUGGCAGGCAUCCGAUGGGGAUCCAUUGCUUUGCAGGGUCUUCGGGAAGAGAUGGAAGAUGACAUUAUUGUUCGUCCUGAUGGCCUCCACGGCUUCUCUUUCGCAGCUGUGUUUGAUGGCCAUGGAGGAUUUUCGUCCGUCCAGUUCCUCAGGGAUGAACUUCAUAAGGAGUGUCUUGCAGCUUUACAAGGUGGAUUAAUAUUGGAUAGGAAAGAUUUCGAAGCCAUUAAAGCAGCAUUACAGGAGGCAUUUGUCAAUGCUGACACAAGUUUGUUAAAACGGCUUGAUAUGAAUGGAGAUGAAGAUGAAUCUGGCGCUACAGCAACUGCAAUGUUCAUUGGAGAUGAUAUGCUGCUCAUUUCACAUUUAGGAGACUCAUCUGCGGUUCUAAGCCGGUCUGGUAGAGUGGAAGAGCUGACUAGUCCCCACAGACCAUAUGGGAACAAUAAAACCUCUCUUCAAGAAAUUAAAAGAAUCAGAGAAGCAGGUGGAUGGAUUGUCAAUGGUAGAAUUUGUGGAGACAUUGCUGUUUCUCGUGCAUUUGGGGAUGUAAGGUUCAAAACAAAGAAGAAUGAGAUGCUGAGAAAAGGGGUCGAGGAAGGAAGAUGGUCAGAAAAAUUUGCUUCUCGUGUACAGCUCAACAGAGACUUGGUCAUUGCAUGCCCUGAUGUUUAUCAAGUGCAUCUUGGCUCGGAUGCAGAAUUUAUAGUAUUGGCAUCUGAUGGCUUAUGGGACUACAUGAGCAGCUCAGAAGCAGUUUUUUUUGUGAGGAAUCAACUUCGAGAGCAUGGUAAUAUUCAGCUAGCUUGUGAAUCUCUUGCCCAAGCAGCUCUGGAUCGACGCACACAGGAUAACAUUAGCAUCAUAAUUGCUGAUUUAGGGCGGACAGACUGGCAGAACUUGCCGCUUCAGCGGCAAAACGUUAUUUACGAGGUGGUCCAGGCUUUAGCCACUAUUGGAAUUGUGUCACUUGGAAUUUGGUUCUCAUCUCAGAUUUUAUGAAUUGAAACGGAUUACUAGUAAUGUAUAUAAACAGACACAUAGAAUCUUAGACUUCUUGCCUGUAUAAAUCUAAUUGUACAUCUCACUUCUUGAAAUCUUCUUGGUUUACUGACGCGCGGCAACAUUUUUAUACUCGUAUGCUAAAGUUCAGUUAUUGUUUUGCA